CUCCCUCCCUCGCCACCUCUGCGCCUCCCAACUCCUCACUUGACCUCACUCACGACCACGAGUUUCCCUGUUGAAAAUGUCCAGCGCCCUCGCCGAACGCAGCGGCGCCAUCGACGCCCGCACCGGCUACUGCGCCACCACCAGGUCGUUCGUCAGCCUCCGCCCGCCGCUGCCGCUGCCGCCGGCGGACGUCCCGCUCACAUUCCCGGCCUUCGCGCUGUCGCUGCUGCCGUCCCCUCUCCCCGCCCACCCGGCGCUCCUCGACGCCGCCACCGGCGAGGCCGUCUCCUACCCGGCGUUCCUGUCCCAGGUGCGCGCGCUCGUGGGCGCGCUGCGAUCGCGCGCGGUCCCGCUCGGCCGCGGCGACGUGGCCUUCGUCCUUGCCCCCGCGCGGCUCGACGUGCCCGUGCUCUACUUCGCGCUCCUCGCCGUCGGCGUCGUCGUGUCCCCGGCCAACCCGUCCCUCACCGCCGGCGAGGUCGCGCGCCUCGUCUCCCUGUCCGGCGCGUCCGUCGCCUUCGCCGUCUCCUCCACCGCCGCCAAGCUCCCCGCCGGCCUCCCCACCAUCCUCCUCGACUCCACACACUUCCGCUCCCUCCUGCACAGCGACCAAGGGGAGAACGAGUCGGCGCCGCUUGACACCGGAGCAGUGUGCCAGUCGGCGACAGCGACGAUCCAGUACUCCUCCGGCACGACAGGGCGGGUGAAGGCGGCGGCGCUGCCGCACCGGAGCUUCAUCGCGCAGGCGGCGGGGUUCCAUGCCCGGCACGUGAGGUCGCGGAAGGUCAACGAGAGGACUCUGAUGGGUGCUCCCAUGUUCCACUCCAUGGGUUUCUUCUUCACGCUGAACGGGCUGGCGCAGGGGUUUACCACGGUGGUGAUGACGGCCGUGGCCACCCGGGCGGGGUUAAGGGGGAUGCUGGAGGCAGCGCAGCGGUGGGAGGUCACGGAGAUGACGGCGGCGCCUCCCGUGGUGCUGGGGAUAACGAAAGACCGGUGCCGGCUGACGAGUCUGGUGCGGGUGAUCUGCGGCGGCGCCCCUCUGCCGACGUCGGUGGCGGAGCAGUUCCGCCGGCGCUUCCCUCACGUGGAUCUGUGCAUGGGAUACGGCUCAACGGAGGCUGGAGGCAUAUCUUUGAUGGUCGAUCGGGACGAGUGCUCCCGCGUAGGCUCCGCCGGCCGUAUCUCCCACAACGUCGAGACGAAGAUCGUCGACAUCAUCACCGGCGAGCCCUUGUCCGUCGGGCGGAAAGGGGAGCUGUGCGUGAGAGGCCCUUCUAUCAUGACAGGUUACGUAGGCGACGGUGAGGCGAACGCGGCCGCUUUCGAUUCGGAAGGCUGGCUGAAGACCGGCGACCUUUGCUACAUUGAUCAGGAUGGGUUUCUGUUCGUUGUCGAUAGGCUCAAGGAGCUUAUCAAGUACAAGGCCUAUCAGGUCGCGCCUGCAGAGCUGGAGCUUGUCCUGCAAUCGCUGCCAGAAAUUAUUGAUGCUGCAGUCAUGCCAUAUCCUCACGACGAGGCGGGAGAGAUACCCAUGGCGCUUGUGGUGAGGCAGCCCGGGAGCAAAGUCACGGAGGCGCAGGUCAUGGAGCAUGUGGCGAAGCAGGUGGCGCCGUACAAGAAGGUCCGCAAGGUUCUCUUCAUCGACUCCAUACCCAGAUCGCCGGCCGGGAAGAUCUUGAGGAGGCAGUUGUCAGACCAUAUGCAGCCUUGCCAUGUGUCCAGACUGUGAUGAACCUUGUGACCAUCGGUGAGAUGUAUGCGCUGCCAUGGGCAGAAACAAGACUCAAUAUCGUCAGGUGUGCAUGGUGCUAUACAAAUAAAAUGGAUGGUAAAUGACGCCCCAUCCCAUUGUAUAUGUAGUAGUAGGUCGCAACCGUGAUCUGCUCAAAGUAAGUGUUCAAACCAUGUAGUGCCGUCUUGGAACAUGUCGUAAGGUAUUUUAUUUU